GCUGCGCCCGGCCGCGCCGCGGGGCGGGGAGCGCGGGCAUGGCGGGGCGGAACCCGGGCACCGAGCUGGAACUUGGCUGGAUCUCAAAAGUAUAUGUGAAUCGACCUGCAGUGGUGAGGCAUGCAGAACAAAUUAAAAAAUGGAAAACUCUGAAAGGUAAUUGGCAAGCAGCUUGGCUGCUGAAAGCUGUCACCUGCAUAGACCUCACCACUCUCUCAGGCGAUGAUACUCCUUCAAAUGUUCAAAGGCUGUGUUUUAAAGCAAAGCACCCUAUCAGAGAGGAUCUGCUGAAAGCCUUGGACAUGCAUGAUAAAGGUAUCACUGUUGGAGCAGUUUGUGUGUAUCCUGCAAGAGUCUCUGAUGCAGUGAGCACCCUCAAGGCUGCUGGUUGUAACAUACCAGUGGCUUCAGUGGCUGCUGGGUUUCCAUCUGGACAAACUCCUCUGGAGACAAAACUGGCUGAAAUAAGGCUGGCAGUGGAAUAUGGUGCCCGAGAGAUUGACAUUGUCAUUAGCAGGAGUCUGGUGCUGACUGGCCAGUGGGAAGGUCUGUACGAGGAGAUCCGUCUGUGCCGUGCAGCCUGUGGAGAAGCUCACAUGAAAACAAUCUUGGCUACAGGUGAACUGGGCUCCCUUGCCAAUGUCUACAAAGCCAGUAUGAUAGCUAUGAUGGCAGGUUCUGAUUUUAUAAAGACAUCUACAGGAAAGGAGGUGGAAAAUGCGACCUUUCCUGUUGGCAUAGUCAUGAUGCGAGCCAUUAAGGAGUUCUACUGGCAAACUGGCUAUAAGGUUGGAUUUAAACCUGCAGGGGGCAUUAGGACAGCCAAGGAAGCCAUUACCUGGCUCAUGCUGGUGAAGGAGGAGCUGGGAGUGGAGUGGCUGACGCCGGAACUCUUCCGCCUGGGUGCCAGCAGUUUACUGGGAGACAUUGAGCAACAGAUUUUCUAUCAUGUGACUGGCUCUUAUGCACUUCAGCAUGAACUGGCAAUGGCUUAGACACAAAACCAACUCAGGAUUACUUUUACAAAAGAGGUCUUUAAGCAAACAGCAUUCAGAAGUAUUCUGACAACCAAGUGCAUAUGAUAGAAUUAAAGGCCUAAUUCUCUCUUCUUCAUAGUUCAUGGUAUUUAAAAAUAUGCUCAAGUCUGCUGGUUGUACUUGAUCCAAAAGCAGAAAAAAGUGGCAUUUCUGAAAUAGUUAAAUAGUUAAUACAUACAGAUUUGCAAAGUUAAUCUUGCAAAGUUCCUCAGACCAGCCUGAAAAGCUUAUUAAUGGCAACACUGAAAUACUAGGAAAAAUAUUUAGGUGGCCUGGUAACAUUUUGCAGUCUCAGAAUAUGAAAUAUCUAUGGAAUGCUUCAGAUUGCUAAUUAAGAGCUACUGAUCUUGGAAUAGAUUUCCAUUCACAUCAGACAAAAUCUUUUGGCACAGAUGUGUUGCACUAUAAAUUCUUCUGUUGAUUCAGUCUCAGGCAUUGUAACGGAAAAGAAGAAUGAAAUUUGGCUAUUACUUCUCUUUUAUCAAAUGUCUUCUGUUGGAAAAAAAAAAAGCCAACCAGACCUCUUUUUUAUUUUUUCUAUUUUUCCCCCCAAACUUAGGCACAGACAUCCAUAUUUAGACCCUUGAAUAAAAGUGGCUUGAUUUCUAGAACAGCUGAGUAUCCACAGUUGCUCCUGAAGUUAAUGGGAGCUCUGGGUGAUCAGAACAACUGAAAAUCAAGCAGUCUCUAUAUAGGUGCCUAACUAUGUAUUCAGGGGCCUAUUUUUAGGCAUUUCAGUCUUAAAAUUUUAGUCUAACUUACUUAGAAGCUACAGUUCCUGUCUCCUGUCAUUUUAAAACACAUUCAUGCAAAUCUUUCCAUUUUCAUGUAGGGGGGUUGACUGUCAGUUUGCAGGUGUCACUGUUCAGCUGGCUGAACUUCAACUUUGCCAUUCCAAAAGAAAUACUUGAAUUUAAAAGAUAAUCUGAAUUGUGUCUUAUAUAGGGUUUAUUGAUUCAAUGUAAAAAAUUGUGCUUUUUUCAGAGCACAUUAAGAACAAUAGCCAAAUCGCAACACCUUUUGAGUAUCAGACUGGUGCUAGUAGAUUCAUUUUAUCAGUACUGCAUUCUGUUCACUAACCAGAGUUGUACUAAAAACUUAAUUAUCAUCAUGACUAGUCUCACUGACUUAAGUAGGUCUCAUCAUGAAAGUAAGAGGAGGAGGAGGAUUUUGCUGUAAAUCAAGCUACGAGGUGCAUUUAUUACAAAGAGAUUUAUUAUAAAGAUAAUUACUGUUAUUUAUCUGGCUAUACCACCUGAAUCACUAGAGUGCUACAAAAAGCCUUGGAGAGACAGGAAAGCUGAUUAGGGGAAAAACAAAUAAAGGAAAACAAUAUAUACAGAAAGCAAAAUCCUAUAUGAAGUGCUCAGGAUUAAAAAUGGGCCCUAAUUUCUCAGAAAAUAGUUAAUCCAAGGCUUUCAGUGUUUUUCUGCUUUAGAUCUCAACACAGAAGGUGAGGCUGAGCUGUGACUCUGUUUUCCUGAAAAUAGCCCAUUUUUACCAUGAGUUUUCCUUCUGAUUUCAUUGGCAGUUUUGCCAAGGAACAAUUCAAGUGCCUGUCUGCAUAUGGAAGGGAAAAUUCUGCUGCUGAGCUUUCAGAAAUACAGAGCUAUUAUAAGAAGUCAGCUCCCACCAGGCUUUUUCCAGUCUGACUCUCUGCCCUGCCCUCCCAGCCACCAAAUACUGGAUUUUGCUGCUGCUCUAGAAAUAUUAUUAAAUGUAAUAAAUGUCCAUACUUUCAUAGUGGGAAAUAAUACCACUUGCAAACCACA